GAUCCUACGCGUCGUAUCGAUGUUCUAUCGCAACUUCUCUGAGUCCAACUUCACGUGCUUUCGCUUCUCCUGCCGCUGGAGCCUUUAAGCGUAGACUUGCAGUAAUUUACUCGCCGUAAACGAAUAAAGUUGAACUAAAUGGCCAUGGACUCGUUACCAUCGGGAAAUUUGUCGGGCAUUCAAAAGGACGAACUAAUGGAGCAGGUCCAACAACAAAUAGCCGUCGCCAACGCCCAGGAGCUGCUCACGAAAAUGACGGAAAAGUGCUUCAAGAAGUGCAUCCAGAAGCCCGGAACGUCCCUUGACAGCUCCGAACAGAAAUGCGUAGCAAUGUGUAUGGAUCGAUAUAUGGAUGCUUGGAACUUGGUGUCUAAAGCGUACAGUAACAGGCUUCAGAGAGAACGCAACAGAUUGUAACGAUUAUAGUUAGUUGAUUUAUCAAUUGAAUAAACAAUUAUUCUCUGUACGACGUCAUAUAUAGUUCAAUAGUGUGUACAUACGUUAACUAUUCAAGGGAGUAGAAAAUUUACUGGAGACAAAUACAUAAUAGCCCAACUAGAGCCGGCAGUAAUUUAACCUCCGCCUCGUAUUUGAAAUAUUUCUUUUAUCAAGCCAUCACGAAUAACGACACUCGUUAUUACGGCUCAUAAUUAUUCCUGUUUCUUGUUAAUUCACCUGGGUACCCAGCAAUUAAUGUAUACGUAAUUAAUAUGUGUAAAUACAUUUUUUAUUUGGACUGUU